AUGGCACAGCAUGCCUUCCAGGAUCAAGAACAAAAGGCAGGAAGGACCUCCAGGCAGCACACAAGAAAAUCCUUUGAAGACACAAUGAGACCAAAGGAAAUACAGCUAACCAUCACUGAAACCCUGUGGGACCAGGUGCUAACGGCUUUUAGGGAUAUACAGAAGGAGCUGCAGGAAGAUGCUCGGACUCGAGGGAUGAGCUCCACGAUACCCACAUCAUCUGCAUCCAGGACUGGAAGCGUCAAGACUUCGGAUGCUGGGAUGACCCCAAAGUUGGUAAGACUGCUGCCAAGCACUAACGAGCAGCUGUCAGGGAUCCAGGCCCAUAACCUGAGAAGCCAGUUUUCUGGUCACUCAGCUUGCUACCCUAGACCCUAA